AGCAGCCGACUCAGUCAAAAUUAUUCUUCUCCCCUUCCCCCCAAAACAAAAAGAAGAAAAGGGGAGAGAAAAAAAAACGAGAAAAAGAGGAACAUGAAUUUCUCUCCUUUGAGCCGUCUGAAACCAAACAGCAUGAUGUCGUGCAUAACAGAAGCCUGCAGCUAAAGCUGUCCACUCCCUCUGCACAUAUCACCUCCUCUCCCUCCCUCUCUCUCUCUCUCUCUUUCUCUCUCUGCCCGACCAACCAUAAAACCCCACCUCCACCAACACCACCUCCCACCACCACCACCACCACCAGCAGAUAUCAAGAACGUCGCCCCAUCAACUCCACCCGGCGCUUUCAAGAACUCGCGGAGAUCAAGAACUCGAGCCGGCUUCUGCAGCGUGCACCGUUAUGCCGUCGGAGUGCGCCGACCGCAAGCCCGCGAAGGCCCCCCACGGCGGCCACCUCCACGCGGCCGGGGCGGGGGCCGCCGCGCCGCAGCCGCAGGAGCAGGAGCACCUCCCCUGCCCGCGCUGCGACUCCACCAACACCAAGUUCUGCUACUACAACAACUACAACUUCUCCCAGCCCCGCCACUUCUGCAAGUCCUGCCGCCGCUACUGGACCCACGGCGGCACCCUCAGGGACAUCCCCGUCGGCGGCGGCAGCCGCAAGAACGCCAAGCGCUCCCGCACCGGCGCCUCCGCGUCGUCGUCGUCCUCCUCCGCCGCCGUCGUGCUCCGGCGUCGCCCCCAGGAGCACCACUUGCACGCCGCCUCCCUCCUCCUGCCCUUCGCCGGGAGCCACGGGGGGCCCGUACACCUCGCCGGCGGCGACGGCGACGGGAAGCCGGGCCUGAACGUGUGCGGGAGCUUCACUUCCCUGUUGAACGCUCACGGGCCUCCUGGGUUCCUGGCUCUGGGCGGGUUCGGGCUCGGGCUGGGGCCGGGCGGGCUCGACGAGAUGGCGUUCGGGCUCGGGAGAGGGGUCUGGCCCUCAGGGGUGGGAGACGGCGUCGGCGCGGGCGUGGGGAGCAAUGGCGGGCCGGUGGGGAUCGGGAACGCGUGGCAGUUCGAGGGCGGCGACGAGGGCGGGCUCGUGGGCGGCGGCGGCGGCGGCGGCGGCGGAGGCGGCGACUCGUGCUUCUCUUGGCCAGGACUCGCCAUCUCCACUGCUUGGAGCGGUCUCAAAUGAGUGGUGUUACAUUCCCACCUCUUUCCUCUUCUCUAUUUCUUCCUUUCUUUUUUUUUUUUUUUUUUUUCGUUAUGACGAUAGCUUUUUAGGGUUUAAUCAGUAUUGCUAGGUGUGAAAAUUAAAGGAAUUGCAAGGCCCUUUUAGACAUGUCCAUCUCCAUGUAAUUUGAGAGGAGUUUCAUGCUGUACCGUUUUGUUGAUGCUUGUAUGGCACGGAAAAAUUUGCUCUUUAACUUUACCCCUCUCAUGUAAUUCAGUCAAGCCUUUUCUUUUUAUGAUUUCAAACUCUGCUAAAUGAAUUAUAAAUCCUUACAUGAA